GUCUGAGCCUCAGCUCUCAGGACACUGAGGCAGGAAUAUCACAAGUUUAAAGCCAGCCUUUGCGAAUUAGCAAAACCCUAUCUCAACCCCCCCAAAACAAACAAAAACCAAACCUAAAAGGACCCGGGGUGAAAUAGUUGGCUCGGAGGACAGCAGCAUAUGGCCCCACAGGCAAAUUUAAAAACCGUGCUGUUAGGCACACCUUGGGAGGAGGUAACAGCAGGGCGGGGAAGAGGCCGAGGGGGCAGGUGAGGCGGAGGCAGCACUUGGUCAAGGAACUGCCUACCUCCUUUCCUCUGCUGGCUAGGGGAGGAGAGGCCCCCGGUGGCAGUUCCAGUACAAAGGACUUCAUUUAUCCUCCCACCUGCCCCGGCUUGCCCCUCCCCCAGCACUAGUCCUCCGGUGAUGAAUCCUUAGAUUUUGUGCUUGAAGAACAACCAGGAAACAGAAGUUUCCAGGUGUGAACGCUCUGCAGGGACUGGGGUUUAGGGCAGUGCGGAGGAAAUUCCAUUUCACUUCUUCCGGCUGCUCUGAGCCCCUUAGAGCACCCAGCAGAAGGCACAAUGGCAGGUCCACGACACCCUGUAUCAGCGCAUGCGGUAGCCCUGGUGCAGAUGGAGCGACUCCAGACAUUUGCCUUCUCCGUGCGCUGGUCAGACGACAGUGACUCCUCUGUUCGCAGGAGCUGGGAUGAGUUCAGGCAGCUCCAGGGCCUUAAGAAAAUCUUCCCGGUGGAGGCGGGCCUGCUCCGGAGAUCUGACCGCGUUCUUCCCAAGCUUCCUGACGCUCCACUGCUGACGCGCCGGGGGCAUACUGGCCGAGGCCUGGCGCGGUUGCGGCUGCUGAAGACCUACGUACAGGCUCUGCUGGCAACCUCCGAACACGUAUUGAGGAGCUCGGCGCUCAGUGACUUCUUUGCACCCAGACCUCUGGAUCUGGAGCCUACGCUGCCUCCCGGCAGCCUGGUGAUCCUGCCCACACCAGAGGAGCCGUCAUCUCAACCCGCAAGCAGCCUUACCAUUCAUAGCCUGGAGGCUCAGAGCAUGCGCUGUUUACAGCCAUUCUACACCCAUGACACAAGAGACAGGCCUUUUCACACACAGGCUCAAGAAAUUCUGGAUGUAUUACUUCGACAUCCAUCAGGCUGGUGGCUGGUGGAGAAUAAGGAUCAGCAGAAGGCCUGGUUUCCAGCUCCCUACCUGGAGGAAGGAGCCCUAGGCCAGAACCAGGAAUUAGGCCUGGCUUUGCAAUGCAGAGGGAUGCAGUUCUGUGCUACUCAGGCCUAUGAGGGCAGUCGUACUGAUGAGCUAUCAGUGCCUGCAGGGGCACGCGUGCAUGUGCUGGAACCCUCAGACCGCGGCUGGUGGCUGUGCAGGUACAAUGGCCAGGAAGGUCUGUUUCCUGCAGUACUGCUGCAGCCUGAAGGGCUGGGUUCCCUGCUGGGCAGGACAAGGCUCCCAGGCGGUAGGGAAGACAAGGUGGCUGCAGACAGGCCUGUUCCCCCUGUAGUACCAACUCGCCCCUGUGUGAGUGCCAUUCAAAGCCGAUGCUGCACUAUCACCCGCAGGGCACUGGGACAGGACCAAAGGACCCUGGGUCCCCUUUGAGGAUUUGUGUAGCCCUGUAGAGAGGUUGUAUUGUCAACCCCAACCACAAGCAAAGCAGGGAUCCAGACCUGCCAAGAGAGCAGGAUAAGGUGGGGCUGGAUGGGUGACAGGGACAAGGGGCCACAACUUCCCAUUUUCUCUAAAUAAAAGUGGAAUGAUUUCACCUAAUCUCAUUGUGCC